AUGGCGAUUAAGCAGUUACUGACCUUGGCUCGAAGGUCACAGAUAAGUUUAUGUCUCAAUCAAGCUAUACGAUUGGCUUCAUCAGCCGUAGCUGCUGUGUCUCCGUUCACAACUCCGGUAACUUCUUCUCCCUUUCCGCUGCCGCAAGUUAUGCCUUACGACAACGCGGCGGAAGCUGUGAAAUCGAAGCUGAAGAAGCUCGAGAAUCCUGAUUUAAGAUUCCUCAGAUACGCUUCGCCGCACCCGAUACUUGCCUCGCACGACGAUCAUAUCUUGUCUUCCCCUGAGACUCGUGUCACAACUUUAGCCAAUGGUCUCCGUGGCGCCACUGAGUCUGACCUCUCGGCCAAAACCGCCACCGUCGGAGUCUGGAUUGACGCCGGAUCGCGUUUUGAGUCGGAUUCUACAAACGGUACGGCUCAUUUUCUGGAGCAUAUGCUUUUCAAAGGCACGGAGAGGCGCAGCAGGAGAGAAUUGGAGGAAGAAAUCGAGAACAUUGGAGGUCAGUUAAACGCGUAUACAUCGAGGGAACAUAUCACAUUGUACGCUAAGGUGUUGGAUUCGAAUGUGAACCAGGCGUUGGAUAUAUUAGCUGAUAUGUUUCAGAAUUCUGAGUUCAACGAAGCAAGAAUCAACCAGGAGCGAGGUAUGAUUUUGAGGGAAAUGCAGGAGGUUGAGGGACAAACGCAGGAAGUUGUGCUUGACCAUUUGCAUGCAAGUGCUUUCCAACACACAACUCUGGGAAGAACUAUCUUGGGACCUGCUGAUAAUAUCAAAUCGAUCACUAGGGAUGAUCUUCAGAACUUUAUAAAGACUCACUUCACAGCUCACAGAACUGUGAUUGCUGCUGCAGGAGCUGUCACACACGAGGAGAUUGUUGAGCAAGUGAAGAAAUUAUUUACGAAUGUUUCGUCUGAUUCAACAUCCACUUCUCAAUUGGUUGCCAAGGAACCUGCCAAUUUUACAGGCUCUGAGGUCCGUAUGAUUGAUGAUGGCCUACCCUUGGCACAAUUUGCCAUUGCGUUUGAGGGAGCAUCUUGGACAGAUCCGGAUUCUGUUGCACUUAUGGUUAUGCAAACUAUGCUGGGAUCAUGGAAUAAAAGUGUUGGUGGGGGCAAACACAUGGGCUCUGAGCUGGCCCAGAAGGUUGCGACUAAUGAAAUAGCUGAGAGCAUAAUGACUUUCAACAACAACUAUAAGGAUACUGGUCUUUUUGGCAUUUAUGCUGUUGCUAAGCCUGAUUGCUUGGAUGAUCUAGCACAUGCCAUUAUGUACGCGAUAACCAAGCUAGCUUAUAGGGUCUCAGAAGAUGAUGUGACACGGGCACGGAAUCAGCUGAAGUCUUCAUUGUUACUUAACUUAAAUGGAACUACCCCAGUUGCUGAAGAUAUAGGUCGUCAGCUGCUAACAUAUGGUCGUAGAAUCCCAACUGCCGAGUUAUUUGCAAGGAUUGACGCUGUUGAUGCCAGCACCAUUGGACAUGUUGCGAACAAAUACAUUUAUGACAAGGUUAGACAUGGCUAUCUCAGCCAUUGGUCCAAUCCAAGAAUUACCAGACUACAACUGGUUCAGACGCAGAACCUACUGGAAACGCUACGAGCCUUCCUAACUUCCCCUGAUUCUUUCACACACCUUUUUAUACUCUUUUUUUUUUUUUAAUCUCUGAAACAUAAA